AUGAACCAGGUGCGGCUAGCUGGAUGGUCCGAUCUCUCACUCGAGAGACUCGCUCUCGAUGCUCCCGCCCCAGCUGUGGUCUCGGAAACCGACGUCUACAGCGAUGCACCGGCGGAGCAACCCGGGGAGUUCGAUUAUCAAGUAUUCGAACGGAUUGGACGCGAAGAGUGGGGCGUCAUCGCGCAACGCCGAGCGGCCAUUGCUUCCCAAGUCGCCGCACUCCAACAACAGCGGCCGAACACACGACCGACGGCCUUCGCAACGGCGACGAUGCGACCAGUCCCCACCACCGCCCCAGCCUCGGGGGGACCCCGUCCCCGGCUCACCGCCGAGGAGCGCGCCUACCUAGACGCGAACCAUGGGUGCUAUCGCUGCCGCGCCCUUAAUGCGGAUCACAUGUCGAGCAACUGCCCUCGAUAUGUCCCUGCUCCCGGAGCGCCCGCCACCUCGUCGACUCCCCUGUCGACCGCUCCCGCCGCUCGCACUCGUCCUGGUAUGGUGGCGGCCAUCCAGACGUUCCAAGAAACGGGUGAUUCAACCGCGUUUGCUGGCCUCAACAGUGACUCGGAAGACGAUGAUUACUCGUACGCCCCUCGCUCGUUCCCGCCUUUACCCGUCUCUCUGCGUGGUGCUCAUGGUACCCUCACUGCCUCGGCUCUCGUAGAUUCGGAGUCGCCUCAAACGUUCCUCAGUGAGGACUUCGUUCAGCGAUUGGGAUUGGAAAAACGGGCCUUGGAACAGCACACGAAGUACACUCUUGCAAUGCAGAACCAAGUUCCCACCGUCUUCACCUGCACGCAUUUUGUGCGAGUUCCGGUCGAACUGGCUAAUGGACGUUGGGCGGCGGGCCCCACGUACGCCGAAGUGGCGCCCCUUGGGAGGGACCUCGAGCUUAUUCUGGGAGGCAACUUCAUCUACACGCACAAGAUUGACCUAGGUCAUUUCCCCCACCCCCACCUCACGUGUAAGAAUAACCCGGAGGAGCCAAUUGACCUGCUUGAACUAUCGUCCCAGCCGCGCGGCACGUCGCCCGUGGCCGCUAUCGCGCCCGUCAACGAAGACGAACAGCUCCGCCUUGCCGCGCUCGACCAGCGCCUGCGCGCGGUUUACGCUGAUCGCUUCCCUGACGACAUUCCACCGGUUGCCACCUAUCAAUCCCCGGUGCGACACCAUAUCGAGCUUGACAACCCGCGCACUGUGAUCAACCUGCGCGGCUAUCCGGUCGCCAAACGCCAUCGCCAGGCAUGGUACCUGCUGCUUCAAAAGCACCUCGCAAGUGGCCGUCUUCGCCCCUCACGUUCGCCGUACGCGUCACCGGCGUUCAUCAUCCCCAAGAAGGGCUCGGAUGUGGACCCGACCAUUGCACCGCGAUGGGUGAACGACUACCGCCACCUCAAUCGGCACACCAUCAAGGACCGCACACCCUUGCCCCUGGCCGAUGACAUCCUGUCGACGUGCUCCAAAGCGCAGUUCUGGGCCAAGAUUGACAUGACCAACUCCUUCUUUCAGACCAAGAUGGCGGAAGAGGAUAUAGCAAAGACCGCGGUUUCGACACCCUGGGGUUUGUACGAAUGGACGGUCAUGCCCAUGGGACUCUGCAACGCGCCCGCCACCCACCAGCGCCGCGUCAACGACGCCCUGCACGGAUUACUCGGCACCAUCUGCUUCGUCUACCUUGACGACAUCACCAUCUUCGCCGAUACGCUGGAGGAGCACGAGGCCCGUGUUUGCCAAGUUCUGGACGCCCUGCGCCGAGCCGAACUCUACUGCUCGCCAUCAAAGACCAACCUCGCCACCUCGGAGUGUGAGUUUCUUGGCCACAUCAUCAACCGCUCCGGCGUACACGCCGACCCCAAGAAGAUCAAGCGCAUCCACGACUGGCAUCUCCCAGCGACCGUCACGGAACUGAAGGGGUUUCUCGGUUUGGUACAGUACCUCCGCAGGUUCAUUCCGGGCCUUGCCGAGCAUACCGCUGCGCUGACCCCGUUGACAAUCAAAGGGCUGACAUUCAUCGGCAACCUCUGGACAACUCCAACGGUCCGUCACUUCGAAGCCAUCAAGUCCAUUGUCGUCUCCCUUGACUGCCUACGCCCGCCCGACCACUCUGCCGAUGCCAUGACAUUCUGGGUGAUGACCGACGCCAGUCUUCAAGGUAUCGGAGGUGUGCUCCUGCAGGGCUCGCAUUGGAAGACCGCACACCCCAUUGCCUACUGGUCGCGUCAAUACAUCCCAGCUGAACGCAACUACCCUACGCACGAGCAGGAACUCCUAGCUAUUGUCGAGGCUCUCAAGGAAUGGCGCAUUGAUCUCCUGGGUGGCCAUUUUCACAUCCUUACCGACCAUUCCACACUUGAGCACUUUCAGACGCAGCGCACGGUCAUCUCGCGACGCCAGGCGCGCUGGCUUGACACCUUGGCCGAAUUCGAUUACGACCUCCAGUAUCUCCCGGGCAGGGAGAACAUUGUAGCCGACGCGAUGAGCAGGUACUCCUUUCCCGAGCCACUUCCCGUCAUUGUGGCCAACAUUUCGCAAGUCUCGCUCUCGGAUGUCGUCAAGCAGCAAAUUGUCGACGCGUACAAAACCGACGCAUUCUGCCAGCAAGCCCUGAACAACAUCGCGUCGGUCGCAUCGGAGUUCAAGAUUAUUGACGCAUUGCUGUAUUUACGGGGCCGGCUUGUCAUUCCACUACUAGCCCCGCUCCGUGAGUCCAUCCUUCACGAUGCUCAUGACGCGCUGGGGCACCUAGGUGAUGUAAAAACGUACCAGACUGUUAUACAGACGUACUUUUGGCCGAACAUGUCCCGCCACGUCAAGCAAUACGUGCAACAAUGUGACUCAUGUCAACGAACCAAGGCCCGUACCACUCGCGUCGCGGGCAAGCUUCACUCCCUUCCCGUUCCAGUGCGCCCCAUGACGGACAUCGCCGUUGACUUUGUCGGACCGUUGCCAACAAACAAGGGGUUCGACCGUGUCUUGACGAUCACCGAUCGACUGUCGGGAUAUGUCCGCCUCAUCCCUGCGCGCGAAGCCGACACAGCGGCGGAUGUUGCCAACCGCUUUCAUGAGGGGUGGCAUCGUUUUUUUGGCCUGCCUCAACGCAUUGUCUCGGAUCGUGACAAGUUGUUCACGAGCAAGUUCUGGUCCGCCCUGCACAAGCGUCUGAACAUCAAGCUGCAACUUUCCUCGGCGUUCCACCCCGAGACUGACGGGCGCAGCGAGAAGACGAACAAGACCGCAUUCCAGAUCCUACGCUCGCUUGUCAACAGGGAACAAUCCAAUUGGGUUGAAUGUCUCACCGCUUGUGAGUAUGCCAUCAACUCGUCGGUCAACGUUUCGACGGGGAAGACCCCGUUUGAGCUUGUCCUGGGGUACACACCCACCCUCGCCCCGCUUGCCCCUAUUGAGGGCGACGAGGAGCUCCCAUCGGUUGAGGAGCUGCUCGCACUUCGCUUCCAGUCAUGCGAGGAGGCACGAGACCAACUCGCUGUGUCCAAAGUUCGUCAAGCCGCCCAAGCCAACAAGGACCGCGCGGAUGAACCUUCAUGGGCCGUCGGGGACCUUGUGCUGCUCGACUCAAGUGACCGCAGGAAGCGACUUCACACCCGCAAGCGCCGCGCAGCCAAGCUCAUGGACCGUUUCGACGGCCCUUAUCGCAUUGUUGCGGCGCAGCCAGGGAUCUCCACGUACACCUUGCAACUCAACAAGGACGAUUCCGCGGUACCGUUCUUCCACACGGGCAAGCUCAAGGCCUACCGCUCAAAUGAUUCGGAAUUGUUCCCAAGCCGAGAACCCGCGCGCCCGGGACCGGUGGACGUAGGUGGAGAACCCGAGUGGGUCAUCGAAGACAUCGUCGAUGAAAGGGUCCGAGCGGGGAAGACUCAAUAUUUGGUCUCUUGGGUUUCAUGGCCGUCGGAUAGCGAUUCAUGGGAGCCUGCCGAGGCACUGGAGGACACGGAGGCAUUGGACCGUUGGGAACAUCGGAACGAGGAAUGAGAGUGUUUUUUCAGAGGGGAGCUUUGUGUCAAGGAGGGGAGAGUGUAAGGCAAGGCCUUACGACGGGCCACAGGCAUUAGAAAUAGAGCUUGCGCGCGCCUAGCUUCUUCAGCUCUCUCUUCAUCGAGCUGACACCAGAAGCUAGGUGAGUACUGGUGUUCCCUAUCUCAGCACUAUCGUAUCUCAUCGAGCUGACACCAGAAGCUAGUUGUAAUCCAUAUAACUUGCACCUGUCAUCUUCGGUCACCAGUGAGGCUCCGCUGUCCGAGACAGCGUGCCUUUCAAGGUGUGUGCCAAUCUUUCAAACGCAAAGCGCAGGGCAGCAUGACUAACUGACCGGUUGAACUGUAGCAUCACAGGGGAUCCGAAGCAAUGCCUUCCCGUUAUUCCCAAGUCAUCACCAACCCAAAUCGUCGACACUUGCAUCAUGAAUGCUGACUUCUGGGGAGAUCUCUCUGUAAGUAGUAGUCCUUGCCUGACUUUUGGACCCUAUACUCACAACAGCCCACGGUGCGAGCGCAGACAAACAUGCGUCUUCUGGCCGCUGCAGACCGCAUGACCGGAACGGAACGGGCAAAGGCAAUACGUCGAUAG